AUGCAGCAUAAUCGAAGACCGAUCUCGAUCGGGUGCUUGAAUCAGAUCCCUGCCAAAUUCAUCGUAGGCCGUUUUGUCGGCACCAUGGGCGGGAAAUUGGGAGUGAUAGUCCUCGUCUUCUUCUUCUUGGGGUUGACAUGGUCUUGUGAUGCUAGAAACCCGAUUCUGGUCGAACCCUCCGAAUCAGGAGGUCAAGUUUGUGAACUGUGUGUUAAGUAUGCAACGCUGGCCAUCGAAUACCUUCGAGAUGACGACAACCAGAAGGCAUUGGUGGAGGCGCUUCACGUGAGCUGCUCUCAGAUUCCUCCUUUGCAAAAAGAGUGUCUUUCGAUGGUAGAUCACUAUACCCAACUUUUCUUCGCACAAGUCUCCGUUAUCAGGUCAGACCAAAUCUGCACAAGGCUUAGUCUCUGUCAAACAGUGAAGGGCGCACUUGCUGCUUCACAAGGAAACUGCGAGGCCUGCCGCGAGACAGUCUCGGAGCUUGCCACCCAGCUCAAGGAUCCUGAGACUAAGCUGAAGAUAAUUCGCUUACUUCUCAAUGAAUGCAAGUCGCUUAACAAUUACCAGGACAAGUGCAAGAAGAUGGUGUUCGAGUACGGGCCUGUGAUGCUUGUGAAUUUGGACAAGUUUCUCGCAAAGAAUGAUGUCUGCACUCUCCUUCACGUCUGUCCAGCUCCAAGUCCAUUCACCACCCACCUCCUUCCCUUCCUCGAGACUACUCUCGCUGAUUCCUAA